AUGAUCACCAUGCUUAGCAGCAAUCUCUCUCUCUUUUCUCUGGUCAUCUUUCUCUGCAUUUGUUUCUACGUUGGAAGUUCCCAUGCAAAUAAGUGUGCUGAGACGGACAGGCAAGCUCUUCUUAAAUUGAAAGACGGUUUCAUUGAUGAAUUCAACUCUCUUGACUCAUGGAAAGGUGAAGAUUGCUGCGAGUGGGACGGAAUUUCAUGCGAUAAUUUAACUGCUAGUGUAACCGAAUUGUAUCUCCGUGAUUGCUCGCUCAGAGGUAAGAUGGAUUCUUCAAUAUGUGAACUGAAACAUCUUACUUUCUUUGAUCUCAGUGGUAAUGAAAUAGAAGAAGUGAUCCCAAAGUGCAUCGGCUCACUUGCUCAAUUGAUAGUCUUGAAUCUUGCGGGGAAUAAUCUGGUUGGUGGCAUUCCUCCAACUCUGGGGAACCUUUCCAACUUGCAAACUCUUGAUCUUUCCCAUAAUCAUUUGAAUGGGACCCUUCCUUCUACUAUUUGGCAACUUUCUACUCUUCGGAUGUUGGUGCUCUAUUCAAACAACUUGACUGGUGUAGAUAUCAUUCGUGAGGGGCAUUUGUCAAACUUAUCAGAACUUGACAUUGCAGAUAACCAAUUGAGUGGAUCACAACAAUUAUUCGAGAUUAGUAAACUUGCCUCGUUAGAGAAAUUGUAUCUUUCCGAUAAUCAGUUGAAUGGGACACUUCCUGCUACUGUUUGGCAACUUUCUAGUCUAAGGACAUUGGAUCUCUCUUCGAACGAGUUCAAUGAUGUGGAUGUCAUUCGUGAUGUGCAUCUGUCAAAUCUAUCAGAACUUUUCAUCGCAGAUAACCAAUUAAGUGGAUCACAACUGUUGUUAGAGAUCAGUAAAAUUGCCUCAUUAGAAACGCUGGAUCUUUCCAGAAAUCAGUUGAACGGUGUCGUUAAUGAAUCAUAUCUAUCAAACCUGUCUCAAUUGAGAUACUUGAAUAUAGCUGGGAAUGCACUUACAUUCAAUUUUAAUUCAAAUUGGGUUCCACCGUUCCAACUCUAUUCAUUUUCUGCAGCAUCAUGCAUUUUGGGUCCUAAAUUUCCAACAUGGCUCAGAAACCAAAUAGAACUCGGUAACUUGGAUAUCUCUAACAGUGGUAUUUCAGAUUCAUUUCCUAAUUGGUUUGGGAACCUGUCUUCAGGUAUUUCACACUUGAAUGUUUCACAUAACAAAAUUAGUGGAGCAUUGCCACUGUCGUUACCAAGGAAAAAACAAACCUACCAUAAUGUAUGGGAUUUAAGUUUCAACGAUUUGUCGGGUCCAUUGCCUCCAUUCCCAGAACUAGAUGCUCUGUUUCUCUCGAAUAAUAGGUUUUCAGGGUCCAUUACUUCUUUUUGUGCAACGUCAUCAGAGGCGUUAAUUGUUCUCGACUUGUCUAGUAACUUACUAGCGGGGACACUUCCAGAUUGUUGGGGGAGAUUUCAAUUUUUAGGUCAUCUAAAUCUGGCACAAAAUAAUUUAUCAGGGAGGAUACCCAAGUCAUUUGCCACUUUACAAAAUAUUGGGUCUAUUAAUUUAAAUAGCAACAACUUCUCUGGAUCAUUACCGGCAUGGAUAGGCCAUAACUUGAGCCAAUUGAACGUGUUGAGUUUAGAGGCAAAUAAAUUCAAUGGAAGCAUACCUACAAGCCUCUGUAAUCUUUUAUCUCUUCGAGUGUUGGAUCUCUCUAACAAUAAUAUUACGGGGAAAAUUCCACAAUGUCUCAGUCGCAUAAUUGUUUUGUCAAAUACGUCGUUUUCAGGACCAACCUUGGUAUAUGGAGUACUCCCUGAUGGGCCAGAUAAUUCCAGAUUCAUUGACAAAGCAAUGUUGGAAUGGAAAGGACAAAACAGAGAAUUCAAGGAAAAUCUAAAACAUAUGACAAUCAUUGAUCUUUCUUGCAACCAAUUAACAGGAGAGAUACCAAAAAGUAUAACAACACUUGCGGCAUUAGCUGUCUUGAAUCUCUCAAGAAAUAAUCUUACAGGAUUCAUUCCCGACAACAUUGGUCAUAUGCAAUGGUUGGAAUCACUUGACUUGUCAAGAAACCAUCUUUAUGGAAGAAUGCCAGCAAGCUUUUCAAAUUUGACUUUUCUCAGUUACAUGGACUUGUCUUUCAACAACUUGUCAGGUAAAAUUCCACAAAGCACUCAGUUACAAACCUUUGAUGCCUCUGUAUAUAAAGGAAAUACUGGGCUUUGUGGUCCACCACUCCCAAAUCAUUGCCCAGGGGAUGCUGUUUCGCCAAAUGGAAGCGUAGAUACAAAUAAUGUUGAAGAAGAUGGAGACGAAAAUGAACUCAUAACCAUUGGUUUUUACGUCACCUUGGGGUUUGGAUUUUUUGUUGGAUUCUGGGGUGUUUGUGGAACUUUAAUUAUAAAAAGUUCAUGGAGACAUGCAUAUUUUCAGUUCUUCAACAACAUGAAUGACUGGAUAUAUGUGACACUCGUUGUCUUUAUGGCUCGAAUGAAAAGGAGAUUUCAAGUUCAAGACUAAAAGGAUUUCAGAUUAUCUUAGGUUCCCAGAGAGAG